UGUAGGGUUUUUCAGGAAAUGCAAAUGCAGACAGUGUUGUGUACUAUAGACUCCAGCCUUCUAUCAAAGCCAGAUUUCUGCACUUCAUCCCUUUAGAAUGGAACCCCAAGGGCAGAAUUGGAAUGCGAAUCGAAGUGUUUGGAUGUGCGUACAGAUCAGAAGUGGUUGAUCUUGAUGGAAAAAGUUUCCUUCUCUACAGAUUUGAUCAAAAAUCCCUGAGCCCCAUAAAAGAUAUUAUUUCUUUGAAAUUCAAAAGCAUGCAGAGUGAUGGGGUUCUACUCCACAGGGAAGGGCCAAAUGGAGAUCACAUCACACUUCAAUUAAGAAAAGGAAGACUCUUUUUACUUAUUAAUUCAGGUGAAGCUAAACUGCCUUCCACUUCCACCCUGGUCAAUCUCACCCUGGGCAGCCUGCUGGAUGAUCAGCAUUGGCAUUCAGUGCUCAUCCAGCGUUUGGGCCAACUAAUCAACUUUACGGUAGAUGAACACAGGCAUCAUUUCCAUGCACAAGGAGAAUUCAGUUUCCUGAAUCUUGAUGAUGAGAUCAGCUUCGGAGGGAUUCCAGCAGCUGGAAAAUCAGUGUCAUUCCCACAGAGAAAUUUUCAUGGAUGCUUAGAAAAUCUCUAUUAUAAUGGAGUGAAUAUCAUUGAUUCGGCCAAGCAACAAAAACCACAGAUCAUUGCUAUGGGAAAUGUGUCAUUUUCUUGUUCACAACCACAAUCUAUGCCCGUGACUUUUCUGAGCUCCAGGAGUUAUUUAGCACUGCCAGACUUCUGCCACUUUUCAAUUUCGAACUUGGAAUAAGGCAGGGCUUCUGCUAUUCAGUGAACUUCAGCUGGUUUCAGGGGGUAUCCUUCUCCUUCUGAGUGAUGGAAAACUUAAGCUGAAUCUCUACCAGCCAGGAAAAUUACCCAGUGACAUCACAGCAGGUGUCGGAUUAAAUGAUGGGCAGUGGCAUUCUGUCUCUUUAUCUGCUAAAAAGAAUCACUUGAGUGUGGCGGUGGAUGGCCAUAUGGUUUCUGCUACUCCUCUGCUGGGGCCUGAGCAGAUUUAUUCAGGUGGCACCUAUUAUUUUGGAGGUUGUCCUGACAAAAGCUUUGGAUCCAAAUGUAGAAGUCCACUUGGUGGAUUUCAGGGAUGUAUGAGGCUCAUUUCUAUCAGCGGCAAAGUGGUAGAUCUGAUUUUAGUUCAGCAGGGGUCCCUUGGGAACUUCAGCGACCUUCAGAUAGACUCAUGUGGCAUCUCAGACAGGUGUUUGCCCAACUAUUGUGAACACGGUGGGGAGUGUUCCCAGUCUUGGAGCACCUUCCAUUGUAACUGUACCGACACUGGUUACAGAGGAGCUACUUGCCAUAACUCUAUCUAUGAGCAGUCAUGUGAAGCCUAUAAGCACAGAGGAAAUGCUUCAGGGUUUUACUAUAUAGAUUCAGAUGGAAGUGGUCCCCUGGAACCAUUUCUUCUAUAUUGCAAUAUGACCGAAACCGCAUGGACCAUCAUACAGCACAACGGCUCUGACUUAACAAGAGUCAGAAACACUCAUCCAGAGAACCCGUAUGCUGGGUUUUUCGAGUAUGUGGCCAGCAUGGAGCAACUCCAGGCCACUAUUAACCGUGCGGAACACUGUGAACAGGAGCUUACUUACUACUGCAAGAAGUCACGGCUCGUCAAUAAGCAAGAUGGAACCCCUCUGAGCUGGUGGAUAGGAAGGACCAAUGAAACACAAACCUACUGGGGAGGUUCCUCGCCUGAUCUUCAAAAAUGUACUUGUGGAUUAGAGGGAAACUGCAUUGAUUCUCAGUAUUACUGCAAUUGUGAUGCUGACUGGAAUGAAUGGACCAAUGACACUGGAUUGCUUUCUUAUAAAGAACAUCUUCCAGUAACUAAGAUUGUCAUCACAGACACAGGCCGACCGCAUUCAGAAGCUGCUUAUAAACUGGGGCCUCUACUCUGCAGAGGAGACAGAUCAUUUUGGAAUUCAGCUUCCUCUGAUACUGAGGCUUCAUAUCUUCAUUUUCCUACUUUUCACGGAGAACUUAGCGCUGAUGUGUCUUUCUUUUUUAAGACAACAGCUCCAUCUGGGGUAUUUUUAGAGAACUUGGAGAUUACUGAUUUUAUACGAAUAGAGCUUCGCUCUCCAACAGUAGUGACUUUUUCAUUUGAUGUGGGGAAUGGGCCUUUUGAAAUCUCAGUGCAGUCACCCACCCACUUCAACGACAACCAGUGGCACCAUGUGAGAGUUGAAAGGAACAUGAAGGAGGCAUCCAUUCAAGUGGAUCAGCUCACACCAGAGACACAGCCCGCCCCAGCAGAUGGCCACGUCCUCUUACAGCUCAACAGUCAACUCUUUGUGGGUGGAACGGCCACCAGACAGAGAGGCUUUCUGGGCUGCAUUCGGUCUCUGCAGUUGAACGGGAUGACCUUGGAUUUGGAAGAAAGAGCCCAGGUGACUCCAGAAGUGCAGCCAGGUUGUAGGGGACAUUGCAGCAGCUAUGGGAAGUUAUGCCGCAAUGGAGGAAAGUGCAGAGAAAGGCCCAUUGGGUUCUUUUGUGACUGCACUUUCUCUGCAUACACAGGGCCAUUCUGCUCAAACGAGAUUUCUGCAUAUUUUGGAUCUGGCUCAUCCGUGAUAUACAAUUUUCAAGAAAAUUAUCUUUUAAGUAAAAACUCCAGCUCCCAUGCUGCUUCAUUUCAUGGUGAUACGAAGCUGAGCCGAGAAAUGAUCAAAUUUAGUUUCCGAACGACACGAACACCAAGCUUGCUGCUUUUUGUGAGCUCCUUUUACAAAGAAUACCUUUCCAUUAUCAUUGCCAAAAAUGGAAGUUUACAGAUCAGAUACAAGCUAAAUAGAUCUCAAGAGCCUGAUGUUGUUAACUUUGAUUUUAAAAACAUGGCUGAUGGACAACUUCACCAUAUAAUGAUUAACAGAGAAGAAGGAGUGGUCUUUAUAGAGAUUGACGAUAAUACAAGGAGAGAAGUUCACCUGGCAUCAGGCACAGAAUUCAGUGCAGUCAAAUCUCUGGUCCUGGGCAGGAUUUUAGAACACAGUGAUGUAGACCAGGAGACUGCACUGGCAGGUGCACAGGGCUUCACAGGCUGCCUCUCUGCAGUGCAGCUGAGUCACGUGGCCCCUCUGAAGGCAGCUCUGUACCCCAGCCAUCCAGACCCUGUCACUGUUACAGGACACGUGACCGAGUCCAGCUGUGUGGCCCAGGCUGGCACGGAUGCCACAUCAAGGGAAAGGACACACUCAUUUGCAGAUCAUUCUGGAACAAUCGAUGACAGAGAGCCCCUUGCUAAUGCAAUCAAAAGUGACUCUGCAGUAAUUGGAGGUCUGAUAGCUGUUGUGAUUUUUAUUUUGCUUUGCAUCACUGCCAUAGCUGUUCGCAUUUAUCAGCAAAAAAGGUUAUAUAAAAGAACUGAGGCAAAGAGGUCAGAGAAUGUAGACAGUGCUGAGGCUGUUCUGAAAAGUGAGCUUAAUAUACAAAAUACAGUCAAUGAAAAUCAGAAAGAGUACUUCUUCUGAUUGGCAGCUAUGAUUUAACACAUAAUUAUGACAGUUUGGUUUAAUAGCCAGGGGCUCUCAGUGGACAAACAAAUGCUCUUACACUGAAUGUACAGGCAAUGAGUUUGCAGCGCUGCCAUCUUGCCAUGUCCAGGCUUGGGGUGGCUCCAGGAAGCCUCGUCCAGUAACGUAUUUCUCAUAGCAUUCAUUUUAUGGAACAAUAAAUUAGAUAUUGCUGUUAAUUUGCAACUGUUCUGGUAUGAUCUAAAACAAGUUUAACCUGCUUAAUGGCUACAGUUUUUACAAGUGAAAACUGUAGCCUUGGUCUCUUAACCAUGUAAUACGUAAGUUUUGUUAUAGGUAAAAAUUAAAUUUGGACUCUAAUGACCUUGCUUUAUUUAAGAACAUUUGCUGUGAUUGCUUUUGUCUUCCCAUGGUGUUAUUCAUAGACCUGGAAAUGCUUCUCAGAUCCUGUUUGGCCGGCGCUUGCAUCUUCAGUGGCCGCAGGCAUAAUAAAGCCCCUUUAUCUUUCUCUGUAUUAUAUUCAAUACAAUACAUCAAUAGUCUCGAAAAAUGUUUUGUUGUCGUUGCUUUGUU